AAGCGGAAGUCGCUCGCGCUCGCCUUUUCCGCUGGCUGGCUGGAUUCGCCGUCGGCCGCCGUUACAGCAUGGCUACCUCAGGCUUCCGUCUUCUCUUUCGAGCCGCACCGUCUUCUUGCUGGCGGCUCCUGGAGGCUCCUUUCCGAGCCGGCAGUCGCUGGAACAACGCAGCCCGCCUUGGCUCUUGCCGGUCCUUCCAAACGGCGACGGGGCUCAGCUCGGAAGAAAAAGUUACAGUGCACUUUGUAAAUCGUGACGGUGAUAAAUUAACAGCCAAAGGAAAGGUUGGAGAUUCCCUUCUAGAUGUUGUGAUAGAUAAUAAUCUAGACAUAGAUGGAUUUGGUGCAUGUGAAGGAACACUUGCCUGCUCUACAUGUCACUUAAUCUUUGAAGACCACAUAUUUGAAAAAUUAGAUGCCAUCACAGAUGAAGAAAUGGAUAUGCUGGACCUUGCUUAUGGCUUGACAGAAAGAUCACGUUUGGGCUGUCAAAUUUGCUUGAAGAAAUAUAUGAACAAUAUGACUGUCCGAGUGCCUGAAGCUGUUGCUGAUGCCCGACAGCAUAUAGAUAUGAGCAAGAACCCAUAAAAUAAUGUUUUCAGAUGUAUUUCAUGAUAUUAAAAAUAUUUUACUACUUAUUCCUAAAGAAAGUGAAAUACUCAUCCUUUGAUUAUCUAUGUUAAGGUAUGAUUUUAUUAAAAUUACAGUUGGCCUUAUUUUGAAAGGAUAAAACAAGGUAUUUAGAAGAGACCUGUGGAGUGAUAGAAACAUGAUAAAAUACAGUUAAAGAGCAGGAAAUCACUCCUUUUAUUUUCAUUUAAUAAUGCAUCAGUAUUCCUGCUGCACUCAUGUUUUCCCAAAGUAAUAAUUACAUGCUGGAUUUGCGGUAGCUGAGAAUAAAAGUCACUUUUUAAAUUACAGGUUUCACAUUGAACUACUGAAAAUACAUUUACCAGAGAGUAAAUCACUAGUGAUAUUAUUCGCUAUUAGCUGAUCAAUUUUGGUGCAAAUUAACUGUAAGAUUGUGUAAUUGUACAAAAUCCUACUGAAUCUUCUAGGAAUUGCAUAUUCAUAGUUGUAUGCCAUGUCGGAAGCAUUUCCAAAGGUUUUUUAAAAUCAGAAAUACUGCAUAAAUACCAUGUUAUUUUAAAGAUGUUGCAUGGGCAAAGAUGCAUUUCUGGUUUUGUGGUAUGCUUCAUUUCAUGAACAGGUGUCUUAUACCCAGAAUGAUAGAAAUAUUCUCCCUAUUGGAGAGAAAAAAAAGGAGCCGUGUAUUCCAUUGUGAUGGGCUUUAAAUCAAAUGUUCAACUUCUAAUCCACUUCCUCUUCUAUCCACAGAUUAAAACUGGUAGCAAAAUAGACAGUACAAUUAAAAUUUUGAAAUAAAAUUCCCCAGCCAGAUGGUUGGAGACCUCUGUUCUAGUACACAUAGCAACAUUCAGGUGGGCUUCUCUGGUGAGAGAACAUCAGAAACUGAGAAGGGGCUUUUUUCAGUUAUCACCCAUCUCAUCUGUCAGACACCUGAAUGAGGGGCUCAGAUUACCUCAGAAUGUAGACAACUGGGAGAUGCAACAGGCAUUCAUUCCUUAGGAUACCCUGGUCCAAAGCGAUGUCGGAAAUUUCUUACAUAGAAAUACCAAAGCCAUGGUAUUUCUUACAUAGAACUUUUGAGUCUCUUCCAUCCUUUGAAGUUUUUCAUAUAUGCUGAAGCAUGGGCCUUCAGACUACAUGGAGUAUUAAUUUGUAGUAUUUAGUAUGUUAUAUAAAAGAAUAUGAUUAAGUUAUUUCCAGUAUGCACUAAGCCAUUGAAAAUUAAAUGAGCUAAUGAAAAAAUAUACACUGUCAUGUUCUUAUCAGUCUAUAAGAGCUAAAUAGUCAAUGAGUCCAUUGGAAAUAGAAGAAAAGGAGGGAGGAAAGAAAGAAGGGAGGAAGGGAGGUAUGAUUUCAGUCCUCUGUUCCUGUUCCAUUUUUAAAAUAGAGAAUAAAUGAAUACAUUGUGUAAAUGUCUUAGAUUUUGUUGAAAAAAAAUCUUCAUGGACACUGGAUAUUUUGAUUUAUCUUCAUCAACCAUUGAAAACAACAGUGCCGUGAAACGACAAAUGCAAACAAACUUCACUGUCAAGGUGAUCUGUGCUUUCUUUUAAAAAAUGUUUCUUGAAAUAGCUGGUAUGAAAAACUAGGUAGAGUCAACACUUAGUAUCAGUUUUGUACCUAUCUUAUAAAUAUAGAUUAUUUAAACUGCUGAUGCAGUACUUAGCAUUUUUCAGAAUCUGAAAAUAAAGCUUGUAUCUAGUUUUCUC